AUGAGACGGUCUACGGAGCAUUUCCUGCCAAGGCCCCUGUAUUGCAGGGUCAACCUCAGCGUCCCUGUCCUGGACAGGUUUUUUAAUGACCAGGACACACGCCCUGAUUUCAGGCUGAGCAGGGAGUCCCUGAAGGUGCUGAUGGAACUCCUGGGUCAGGACAGGAGACAUGGAUGGGGGGCCACAAUUGAGACCCUGGUGUUCCUGUUCUGGCUGGCAUGUGGGACAUCCUACAGGGUGGUCUCCAGAGUUUUUGGGAUGCCUAGAUCCACGGUACAUCGGAUUGUCCACAGAGUGACUGAGGAGGUGGUGGCCAUUCGCCACCAGGUCAUCCACCUCCCCAGGACAGCAGAAGACCUGGAGGCUGUGUCGCGUGGGUUCGCAGGGCUGGCCAGACACAGAGCCUUCAGAAAAGCUGCUGGAGCAAUCGACGGCUGCCAUGUCCGCAUCGUGCCACCAAGUGGCCCUGAUGGUCACUGCUAUAGAAACAGAAAACUGUUCAGCUCCAUUUUGCUGCAGGCUGUUUGUGACCAUCAGGGCCGCUUCAUCGACACGUAUGUGGCCUGGCCUGGGUCAGUCCAUGACUCUAGAGUGCUCCGCCACAGCCCACUCUAUCGGCGGGCACUCUACCCUCCUCCAGGCUACUAUAUCCUCGCAGAUGGGGGGUACCCCUGCCUCCAACAUCCACUCCCCCUCAUCACUCCCUACAAACGGCCGCUGCAAGGUGUGGGACCCCAGCGCUUCAACAACCAUCACUCCCGGGCACGCUCCAUCAUCGAGCGUGCCUUCGAGGUGAUGAAGACACGAUUCAGGAGUAUCUUCCUGCAAGCGCUGGAGGUGCACCACACCUUUGUUCCUCAAAUCAUAACAGCAUGUGCCGUCCUCCACAACAUCUGCAUUGGGGCCGGCGACAUCAUGGCCCCAGAAGAGGACAUUGUGGAGGAUGUAGCGGAGGAUGAGGGGGAGAAUGUGUUGGAGGCAGUCAGUGGUGCUCCUUGGCGAGACCAACUGUCUGCGGAGGUGUCUGCCCUGGAGGAGGUUCCUGGUGACCACGAUUAUGUGUAA